AUGGCCUGUCCGCGCGGCUCUGGGCUGGCGGCCAUCAUGUACGAGGACAACCCAACGGCGGGAUCCAUGACCGCUUCGCAGAGGUGGACUCUCCUGACGGCUUCGCAGCGCUCUGGCUAUGUCACUGGAGUUCCCACGACCCCAGCCACUGUCAAUCUGGUGGCCUUGGCACCAACCCUGGCACCACCCCCAGCACCACCCCCAGCACCACCCCCGGCAACGCCGUCACCGACGCCCGACCCGACGCUCAGUCCGACGCCCAACCCGACGCCCAGCCCGACGCCGAGCGGGGGUGCUGCCACUGGUGAUCCCCACUUGCAAACUAUUCAUGGUGACCGGUUCGACUUGAUGAAGACGGGCCAGCAUGUUCUGAUCAACAUCUCUCGUGGAAUGAGCGCCGAAAACGCAUUGCUUCGCGUCCAAGCCGAUGCGCGCCGACUGGGAGGACGUUGUGCGGAUAUGUACACCCAGGAGCUGAACAUCACAGGAUCGUGGGCAUAUGCAAAACAACCUGGAGGGUACCACUACAGCGUGUCGCAAAUGAGGUCAAGACUCCUGAAUGGGUUGCUCUUGGUAAAGUUGAGCUGA